GGCGGCUGUCGCGGGGACCGGAGGCGGCGGUGGGCACUGCGGCGCCGAGGCUCGGCGGCGGGACGGGAGCAGGCGAGCUGCAGCCAGGCGAUUGGCUGCACUCCCUCUAGGUGCUAAGAAAUGGUGUUUGCGGAUCUCAUCUCUGCCUAAGAAUCGGGUGCUCCAGACACUGGAAGGGCCGACUCUGCCCUGGGCUCCUUGUUGAGUAAGCCCUCACUUCCAGCCACUCCAGUCUCACGACUGGGUACAGCUGCUUGUGCUGUCUUAAUGAUGGGUAUUGGUAAGAACACCACGUCCAAAUCAAUGGAGGCCGGAAGUUCGACGGAAGGCAAAUAUGAAGACGAAGCAAAGCACCCCGCUUUCUUUACUCUUCCGGUGGUGAUAAACGGAGGUGCUACAUCCAGUGGUGAACAGGACAAUGAAGACACUGAACUCAUGGCCAUCUAUACCACAGAAAAUGGCAUCGCGGAAAAGAGCUCUCUCGCGGAGACCCUGGAUAGCACUGGCAGUCUGGACCCCCAGAGAUCAGACAUGAUUUACACCAUAGAAGACGUUCCUCCCUGGUAUCUGUGUAUAUUUCUGGGGUUGCAGCACUACCUGACAUGCUUCAGUGGCACCAUUGCAGUGCCUUUUCUGCUGGCUGACGCCAUGUGUGUGGGCUAUGACCAGUGGGCCACCAGCCAGCUCAUCGGGACCAUUUUCUUCUGCGUGGGAAUCACAACUUUGCUGCAGACAACAUUUGGAUGCAGGUUACCCCUGUUUCAGGCCAGUGCUUUUGCAUUUUUGGCCCCUGCUCGAGCCAUCCUGUCUUUAGAUAAAUGGAAAUGUAACACCACAGAUGUUUCAGUUGCCAAUGGAACAGCAGAACUGUUGCACACAGAACACAUCUGGUAUCCCCGGAUCCGAGAGAUCCAGGGGGCCAUCAUCAUGUCCUCAUUGAUAGAAGUGGUCAUCGGCCUCCUAGGCCUGCCUGGUGCUCUGCUGAAAUACAUCGGGCCCCUGACCAUAACGCCCACGGUGGCCCUCAUUGGCCUCUCUGGUUUCCAGGCGGCGGGGGAAAGAGCUGGGAAGCACUGGGGCAUCGCCAUGCUGACAAUUUUCCUUGUAUUACUGUUUUCUCAAUAUGCCAGAAAUGUUAAAUUUCCUCUUCCUAUUUACAAAUCCAAGAAAGGGUGGACCGCAUACAAGUUGCAGCUUUUCAAAAUGUUCCCUAUAAUCCUGGCCAUCCUUGUGUCCUGGCUGCUCUGCUUCAUCUUCACGGUGACAGAUGUCUUCCCUCCUGACAGCACAAAGUACGGCUUCUACGCUCGCACAGAUGCCAGGCAGGGCGUGCUACUGGUAGCCCCGUGGUUUAAGGUUCCAUACCCAUUUCAGUGGGGCCUGCCCACCGUCUCUGCAGCUGGCGUCAUCGGCAUGCUCAGUGCGGUCGUCGCCAGCAUUAUUGAGUCUAUUGGUGACUACUACGCCUGUGCCCGGCUGUCCUGUGCCCCACCGCCUCCCAUCCAUGCAAUAAACAGGGGGAUUUUCGUGGAGGGUCUCUCCUGUGUUCUCGAUGGCAUAUUUGGUACUGGGAAUGGCUCUACUUCAUCCAGCCCCAACAUUGGAGUUUUGGGAAUUACAAAGGUCGGCAGCCGCAGGGUGAUUCAGUAUGGCGCAGCCCUCAUGCUUGCCUUGGGCAUGAUCGGGAAGUUCAGUGCCCUCUUCGCGUCUCUCCCGGAUCCUGUGCUCGGAGCCCUCUUCUGCACCCUCUUCGGAAUGAUCACGGCUGUUGGCCUCUCUAACCUGCAGUUCAUUGACUUGAAUUCUUCCCGGAAUCUCUUUGUGCUUGGAUUUUCAAUCUUCUUUGGUCUCGUCCUUCCAAGUUACCUCAGACAGAACCCUCUCGUCACAGGUAUAACAGGAAUCGAUCAGGUGUUGAAUGUUCUUCUCACAACUGCUAUGUUUGUAGGAGGCUGCGUGGCUUUUAUUUUGGAUAACACUAUCCCAGGUACUCCUGAAGAAAGAGGAAUCAGGAAAUGGAAGAAGGGCGUGGGCAAGGGGAACAAGUCACUCGAUGGCAUGGAGUCCUACAAUUUGCCAUUCGGCAUGAACAUUAUUAAAAAAUACAGAUGCUUCAGUUACUUACCCAUCAGCCCAACCUUUGUGGGCUACACGUGGAAAAGCCUCAGGAAGAGCGAUACCAGCCGGAGUUCAGAUGAAGACUCGCAGGCCACGGUAUAGCCUUAGCUGCAUCCUGUGGCCUGGCCACAGUGAAGCAUGUAUCUGUAGUUCCUUGCUGGGUAACAAGAAGUAAAAUAUAUGUUUGUAUAUCUACAUUUACAUUCUGCACCCCAGAGCUAAGACAGAUUGCAGGUAGCUUUUCUGUUGUGAGUGGUGAUCGUGUCCAUGAUGUCUUGCCCAACUCCUUAUUUAAGCCCUUGACCCCUUGCCCUUCACAAGUGUCCACUGCUGGCUGUGGUCACUGAACUUGAAGUUCCAGUCCUCCCAUGGGGGCUGAUAUUUGAAAUCUGCAGCAAUUCCUUUUUCUGUCCCUUUCUACCACCCAGUGCUAGCUUUCCUAUAAGCUGCCUCCAGGGUCCAGGGGCUUUCUGUUUUAGAGGCCUCGGACCUGCUUACUUUUUAUUUGAUCUCGGCCUGUGCCUGCAGAGACCUCCUCUGACCAAGGGACACCAGUGUCCUCUCAUUGUUGCCAUUAACUGGUCAAGUGCGAUUCUGUUGUCCCUGACACUCUUGUAGGAGGAAAAAAGCAGGGGAAUGGCUGCCCUCUGCCUGGGUCUGGGCAUGUUUAAGGUCUGUACAGUUAGCGAUGGAUGUAAAUCUAUGUGAGGGAUUGGAGGGGAAUGGAAAGGACCCUAAAGUCGUUAUUUGAUUCUUGACUUCUCUUUUUCCCUGCCACCCCGGCCCACCUGUGCCAGCAUGUUUCAUACUGACCUCUUUUCUCUAGUGGCUGAGACACACUCUGUGGCAUUUAUCACUACUGGCUGGUGUGACGGGUAUGGCGUGCCACACAAGGGCACUGAUCAGAUAAGCUCAUGGGAAUCUUGGCUCUGCUGUCAUGUGGAUGUUAUUGUUAUGUGCGUCUAUGAUUACAAGGUUUUAUUCCUAUUUAAUGUUAUUGACUAUAGCAGAUUUUUGAAAUCAGUGUUUUUCCACGUGACCCUCUUUCCUUGCAUCCCUAUUAUUCAUCCCCUUCCCCCUGCCCUUUCCACCGAUUAAGAAAAGAACCAGCAUUUGUAAAGCUGUGGACACCAUCAGGGAAGCUUGUUAUAAUGGCUUUUGAAGGCCAGUAACCAUUGUUGUGGUUGUGUUUUGUAUUGCUCGAUACCAUGAAUGUGUAAAUACUGUAAUGCCUAAUCUAUUUAUCAAAACUGACUACUGGACCAGAGCCCGGAAACCAUGGGUCAAGUUUUAUGUGAAUUUGUUUUGUGAAGAAGGGAGGCUGGGUAGGUGACAGACAGAGCCACCAUAUUGAAUGGUCCAUCAUCCCAAUCAGUUCAUCAAUCCAGUUCUCCUGUUGCAAGUCAUUUCUGGCAGACUGUGGGUUGUUACAUUUCUGUGGCUUGUUACAUUGCA